AUGCCGAAGAAAAUUUUAUUGAUAAUUCUUGGGUGCUUAUGCAUUCUUUAUAUAAGAAACACUGUUAUCACAAAUAGACGGAAAAUAGCUGCUUUUAUUGAGAAUACUACUCCUUCUAUCUCUCCCCCUCCUUAAAUGAAAAAAACCAUUGAAAAAGUCCCUAUUUUUUGGAUAAAAAGUAAUCCUCCAAAUGCUAACAAAAAAUUUUUAAUAUAAAUAUUUUUAUGAAAAAGAAAAUUGCUAUAUAAACGAUAAUUAUUAUAUAGAAAUCUUGAAUUAAUUUUUUUGAAUUUUUAAAUAGGCUUGCAUUUUAAAAAACAUAAUUUUUUUAAAAAAAAUCCUCCGUGAAUAAACAAAAUUAUUUUGUUUGUUCACGAGAAAUGGGGGAGGAGUAAAUAUUCGUCAAAUAAUCAGGAAAUCAGCACUGUUUCAUAUCCUCAUCGAAAAUUCGUCCCUUUAUCAAAUCAUUCUGACGCAUUUUCAGAGAUUGCCAAAAUAUCUGUAAAGCCUCCUGGGAUUUUUAAUAUUGAUGACACAGAAAAUUUAAGAACCCUAGGCUUGGCAUGCCAGCCUGAAAGUUAUGGCUAUUCAAAACAGCAAGGCGAUCAUGUUUUUCCUUAUCAUGGAUAUCCUAAGUGCUCUGAUUUAAACAACCAAACAGAAAGCAGGGUGUAUUUAAGCACAGAAGACGGCAAAAUCUAUAUGAAAUGCCCUGAGAAAUUCAGAGGGAGACUUGUUACUGGGCCAAUUAACGACAAAAAAAUAGUCCUCAGAGGGGAAGUUGAGGAUUUGUGGGAGCCGAUUAAGUAUGAAGAGCCACUUCUUUUAGACGAAAAGACAGAAUUUGCUCUAGGGUCUUGUGACGAAAACCCUAAUAAUUGAUAUAAAGAAGCCCAUAUGACUCCAAGAUUUAAUGAGACUGCUUAUAAUAUGGCAAAAUCUAAAACCAAAGGAAAACCAAAAAUAAUUUUUAUGCUUACUUUGGAUUCCUUAUCAAGAAGGAAGAAAUAAAAUGGUGAGGCUGAAGGAAGAUUGACUCUGAGGCAUGCUUCCUAUGGAACAGAUAGGAUUAACUCUGAUGAAACUGGAAUAGUGCCUCUGUCUCUUUUGAAGUAGGCCUUCAGGUUUGGUGAUGCCUGCCGAGGGAAGUUUUGAAGGCAUUUCCCAUCCCUGCCAGGCUAGAUGGAAUUAUGUAAGAUAGGAAUGCUAGUGAUUUAUCCGCUUAUGACGUUACAACACUUAGCUUAACUUAACUUAUCAAGAAGGCAUUUUUUCAGAAAAUUGCCAAAAACAGUGGAUUUUUUGAACUCAUUAAAUCAUGAAAAUUCUGAAUAUUGGGCUUUUGAUUUUAAGCUUCAUAAUAUUUUAAAGCCAAAUUCCGUAGGCAACCAAGUCCCUAUAUUUGGAGGAAUUGAAAAAUUCGUAGAAUUUUUCGAAGGAAACCAAAAUAUAGACUACCUUGGAGAUACUGCUCUAUGGAACAUUUUGCGAGAAAAAGGCUAUAUCAGCUUAUUCGGGCUUGAAAAUUGUGACAACUAUUUUCCUAGGUCUUUAGGAAGGAUGCCAAAUUUUGAUUAUACAGUAAACCCUUUUUUCUGUGCAAUUUAUAAAUACACAGAUUAUAAGUUUGAUAAAGACGCAGUAUUAAAACAGCGAUGUUUAGGCCCAUAUAUGACUCAUUAUUACCUAUUAAAUUACACAGAUAAUCUUGUCAGGAUGAAUCAAGGAGUCAACCAAUGGCUUUAUCUCCAUUUAAACGGUGGCCACGAAGCUACAGGGCUACACGCAGAAACCAUGGACGAAGACAUCACUGAUUUCCUUAAAAAGUUUUUAUCUAAAUAUAGCAAAGAUAACGAAAUUAUUUUAUUUUUGCAUGCAGACCAUGGAAUGAGAUAUGGAAACUGGUUUAAAGAUCUCCCAGCAUACCAAGAAAAUAAGCUUCCUUCUUUAUUUUUUAUUGCAAGACGUGAAUUUAUAGAUAGCUAUGAUAAAGCAUUCCAAAUUUUGACAUUAAAUACAGAAAGAUUGACGUCUAAAAUGGACCUGAGGAAGACCCUUCUUUAUAUAGCAGAUGUCCAUGAAGACACAAAGCAUGGAAUCAACCUACUAAAAGAAGUCGUCCCAAAGGAAAGGACGUGCAAUGAUGCUGGGAUUAAUCCUUGGGAUUGCUCAUGUACUGAGAUGAAAAUUAUUAAAAAUCCAGAUGCUGAGCUGAAAGGGCUGAUUGAAAGAAUGGCUGAUUUGCUGCAGUUUACGAUAAAUUCUGAAGCAUAUGCGUCAGCCAAGCAUAAAAAAGGAAAUAUUUGCCAAAAAAUUGAGGUUAAUGAAAUAGAAAAAGUUUAUAAUUUCCAAAUUUCCAACGUCGAAGAAUUUUUUAAACUAGAAGUUUCUGUGAAAAAUCACCACUCAGUGAAAUUUCAAUCAAGUAUAUUAGUAAGUUCAGAAAAUUCUGACCGGCUAGACUAUGAUCCUAUUAAAUAUAAUGUUGAAACCGAUUCAUUCAGAGGCGCUCCUAUCAAACUUCGAGUAAUCUUUAUCUAGAUUUUAACCAUUUCCAGGCUUGACAAAUACGCUGGCCCUUGUGAGCUAAAAGCAAUCCAAGCCGGUCUAAGAGGAGACACCUGCAUAUGUUCGGAAACCUACACAAAUUAUGACUAG